AUGGUGGUGGAAGAAGAUUUCCUAAUGAUUGAAGUGUCGAUACCAUCGAUGGAGAGGGAAGUGGAUGAGUCGGGAAAGACUAAAAAGCUUUUCAGAGUUGAAGUCUUGUUUAAUGGGCGGAAACAUUUUGUGCUCAGAAGAAACAGCGAAUUUCAGACUCUGCACAGAAAACUCAGGAAGAUCAUCCAGACUCCUGAUUACCCGAGUAAAAGAAACCCACACCUGAGGACCAAACCUCUGGAGCAGAGGAGGCAGGAGCUGGAAGAUUACAUCCAGGACAUCAUCUAUCAAGACGACGACGUGCCGCAGGUGCUGCUGGACUUCCUCCACCUUAAACACUUUCACACGGGAAACAAGAUCAGCAGCAUGGAAUCACUUGAUGACCUGGACAGUCAAGAUUACAAUUAUAAAUUGCCACAUCAGCGAGUUGUGGGAUUUUUCCAUGAUCCUUAUCUCUCCAAAGUCACAUCAGGUCUCCCAGAUGUUAUUUCGGACGGGGUUCUUCAGGGUUUUUACCCCCGGGACGUCCGAGUCAGCUUCACUGCCCCCACUCACACUGAGCCCACUUCUAUAGAGGGCUGA